CUCCUCGCGCAUGCGCACAGUCACAAUCGUGCACCCCAUCACCCUGUCAUUCUCUCAACGCGAAUAUAAAAAUCCCCCCGAAAUCUCACCCCACAACCCGCCAAUCGCCCGAAUAAACCCACAAUUCCAUUAAUCACAUCUCUGCCUUAUGGCACCAGUUGAAGAUAACGACAGCGGCAUGGAAUCACAGGAAGGGUCACAAGCUCAGGACGGUCCCACCAGCAAGGACUACUCCCCCGAAAAGAAGCAGCUCGAACUCGAAAUGGACUACGACGAAGAGCCCGACGAGACGCUAGCGGAGCGACUGUGGGGGCUGACGGAGAUGUUCCCGGAGUCGGUGCGCAACGCCUCACACACGGCCGCCGUGAGCACGCACUCCGGCGUCAAAAGUUUCUACCAGUUUUCACGGAGCGCUCUGUGGAUAGUUUUUAGUACGUCGAUUAUUUUGUUCGCCCCCGUGAUAUUCGAGGUGGAGAGGGCGCAGAUGGAGGAGAUGCAGCGGAACCAACAGAAACAAAUGCUGUUGGGGCCGAAUUCGGCAGUUUCCGGUGGCGGGAUGCCGCUGAUGCCUCCGAUGCAGCGAUAAUGCGGUGUAAUUUAAAUUGGAGAGUUUUAGGGUUUUUUUGUAACGUGUUAUGUAUACAAGCAAUGAUUGUAAAAUUCCUGUUUAAUAUAAUUACAGUCAGUUGCG